CAUCAUCUUUGCGUAUACCUCAAAGGAGAGGAUAAAUUCUCUCCUCAGCUCUUGUGUUUUUUAGCUGUUCUUUAUAGUUGCUUUUUAAAUCUAUGUUUUUUGUUCGGUGGUUGAAUUAUUAUAAACUGCCUUACAAAAACCUCUUGUCUCUCUAAUUUUUUAUAUUUUUCAGAUUAAAGAGAAGAAAAAAAAAAAGAGGAAAUGGGGUUUUGAAUUCUUGAUGUAAAUUUUGGGUUUGCACAAGUUUUGGUUUUAUUUUUGAGUUUACAAGGAACAAAGCACUCAUUUAGUUUUCCAUCUUCAUUGAGGUUUCAUAACCCUGAUACAUUUAGGAAGAUAUGGCUUUGACAUUUACCCCCUUGUCAUGGUUGCUUUGGAGUGGAAAGCAUCAAGAACCCAAAAUCUCCAAUGGUUCUUCUUUAAAUUCAUCGCCUGAUUCGGUAUUGUGGGAAUCUGAUACUUUGAAGUUCCCUCUUGACCGGAGGAACAUGGCUUCCUCAUCUAGAAGGGUUAAGAGAAAGUGGCAGAGUCGUGAGGAACGAAAGAUUGACAGGGAAUAUGAUAUUGUUAUUGUGCCAUCAGAUGGUGGAUGUGUUUCGGGGUCUGAGUCUGAUGAUUCGGAUUGGUCUGUUGGAUGGUUGGAGCCUCAUGGACCUGGAUUCCAUAGUGAUGAUGAUGAUUUAGAUGAUAGUUUUGCUGUGCUUGUUCCGUGCUAUGGCUAUGGUUGUGUAAAUGUGGAACAAAAUGCACAAGACAAGUUCCUGCAAGCCAUGGGAAAUUUGAAGGAUAUAUAUGCUACUGAGAAUAAGAAAUACAUGGAGCACUGGGUCUCAUCUCUGAGGAAUCACUGAAAUCUAGCAGCGCCUAUGGUGCUGAUUACUACUGCUGCUCCUCCUGAUUCUUUGUUGCGGUAGAUCAAACUUGAGCUGUUUUGUUACUCAUUACACGCUUAGAUAUGAACUCUGUAGAAAUUUCAGAUAUGACCCUAAAAAGAAAAAAAAUGUCUGGAAAUAAUGUGUUUGUAGAAAGAAUAUUGGGUUUGAAGGACAUUAAAAUUUGAGGAGAAGAAACAGCAGAGGAUAGAGAUAUGAUGCUGCUUCUAUCCACUUGACGCAUCUAAAAAAGAAAAAAAAAAACGAUAUGGUUUCUUGUAUAUCUGUUCUCCAUAAUUGGCUCUGAAGAUGUGACCUCGACUUGCAUGCUUCUUCGUGAACAUUGGUGUAAAUUUUCAAUGACAGAGACUGGAAGGAGACUGGAUGCUUUUAUCAUUCUUUGAUGUAAAUAUCUGUAAAUAUGUAAAUAUGUCCAUCUAGCUGUAAAUAUGUUUAUAGUUUGAUAACCUUCAUAAGUACUGUAAAUAGUUGUAAACCUCUGAUAGCAUUAGUUGCAAUAAUAUGCCUCUGCUGUUUAAUGGUGA